CCUCCUCUGAACCCGAACUGAACUGUUGCUAGCAGAGCAGAGGGCAGCGGCAGCGCAGCCCAGCGUUAGGGUUGCCUGCGAGUGCGAAGGAGACAAUUAACCAUCUAACAAGCAUUUGCCAUAAAACAGACGAGAUCAAAGCAUCAAUCAUGAGUUAUAUGAGAAGCAGCUGUGGCUCCAGCCUCAAUCUGGAUCAUGCGCUGGCCGCACGCGAACUGGAUCACACGGAGCGCAGCAAUCUGGAGGCGAGCAUCUUCAGGCAGCGUCUACAUGCGGCCGAGAAUCUCUAUCAGCGAAAUUUAGCCGGCCACUAUGGCUGUGUGAAUGCGCUGGAGUUUAGCCAUGGUGGCGAAUACUUGGCAUCUGGUGGCGAUGACAAGCGUGUGCUGCUUUGGCAUGUGGAUCAAACUCUAGCAAGUGUGGGGCAGGAGCAGCCCAAUGUCAUGUACGGGGAACAUGCCAGCAACAUCUUCUGUCUGGGUUUCGAUAGCCACAACAAGUAUAUCUUCUCUGGCGGCAAUGAUGAUCUGGUCAUACAGCAUGAUCUGGGCACUGGCAAGAACUUGAAUUACUUUUCACACGACGGUCCGGUUUAUGGCCUCAGCGUGGACAGGACGAGCACGAAUUUGUUCAGCGUCGCCACUGAGCAUGGCGAGAUUCUCGUCUAUGAUCUGCGUGCGGGCAAAACGGAUCCUUUGGCCAUUGCCAAGUUUCGCACGCCAUUCAAUGCUGUUGAAUUUCAUCCACUCAAUGGCAACUUUUUGGCCACGGCCAAUGCCAAACGUGGCGCCCAGCUUUGGGAUCUGCGUCAUCACACACAAGCUCUUUGUCAAUACAAUUACAUAACCGAAUCUCCCAGCUGCAUGAGCGUGCGCUUCAAUUGCAAUGGGAGCUUAUUGCUCACCCUGCAUCGUCGCUUGCCACCCAUUUUGUAUAGUCCCAGCUCAUCGGAACCGUUGUGCUCCUUUUAUCAUGAUGAAUACUUUAAUUCCUGCACCAUGAAGAGCUGCACCUUUGCUGGGCCACAGGAUGAGCUCGUCGUCUCUGGUUCGGACAACUUUAACAUGUUCAUCUGGCGUCUGGAUGGCGUUGAUUUGGAGAAGAAGAAUCAGUGGAUAGAUACGCUGCCUGUGAUUCUGACUGGGCAUCGUUCCAUUGUCAAUCAAGUGCGCUACAAUCGUCAACGCUGUCUACUCGCUUCCUCUGGUGUGGAGAAGAUUAUCAAGUUCUGGAGCCCCUUUGCCCAACAUGGCUGGGAGGGUUCGUUGAUGGAGCCUUCUGAUACGCCUUAUUGCACGCGUACACUGCAUCGCAAUGCGUCGGAUCAUGUGUCUCAGGAUUUCAGCACACGCAAUAUGGAAGAGGAUCAGGUGAUGCUUGCCUUCUUCGACACGUUGGUACAACGCGAGCUGGAAGCGUGGAACUGCAUGAGCAGCACAGGCAAUGCCACUGGACAUCAGACAAUCAGCAGCGACAGCAGCUCGGUCAGCUCCACAGAGCACAGCGAGAGCAGCACACAAUCGGAGGAGGAACAGAGCGAAGUUGAUACCCCCAAUGUUAGUGAACUCAGCUGGCUAACGCAUCCGAAUCGCAUCUUCUAUCUGAUAGCUAAAAAGCGCCGAGCGUUGUUGGAGCUGGCAGUGAAGGGUACCGGAGGACAACAUCGCAAUGUGGAGCAGCUGCUGGCACGACUGAUGGGGGAACAGCGACAAGUGGCCACACAGGCGCGCAUCAGCGAGUGGCUGGAGGAGACGCAUCGUCUAUUUGGCGAUGACGAUUUACCCACCACAUCCGCUGAGGCGGCGGCAAGGGAACGCAGUCGUCGGGAGUCUAUUUCGCAGCCCGCCAGUCGCAGUCCCAGGAAGCCGCCCGAGCUGCGUAAGGUGGAAUCGCUGCAGACCUCUUUUGAGCAGCUGGAUCGCAAGCGAAAGCUGAUGCGUUUACGGUUUGCGGCCAUCAAACGAAGAUGCACGGUGCGACGUCCAAGAGUUGAGGUACAGGAGAAUGAUACUGCUGACGCCUACGAUGCAGACUGGGCUGAAGAGGAGGAUGAUAAUUUGCCGCCUUUGGGGGCCCACGAAGCUAACGAUGUCAACAACGACGACGAUGACAGCAACAGCAAUCCUGAUGACAGCACGUCCAACACAUCGAUGGAGGCACAAUUGUCGCAGGCGCCAAGCACCUCGAAUUCACUGCAUUUUGUGUUGGACGCCACCGAGGCCAACAAUAAUAGCCAAAUGGCCGAGAAUAACAAUAAUAAAAUCAACAAUCAAAUCCCGACCACUGGGACCUGUCACUCAGAGACAACCACAUCCACUACGUCCUCCUCGAGUCAGACAAACAUUUAAAUUCAAUUCGGGAGCAACAUGUUUGUGCUCGAAAACAUUUGCGUUUCAGUUUUGUAAAACUGCUCUUCCGUUUUCUAAUUUUAUUGUUGAAAUAUUCUUCAAUCUUUUUCACUACACACUACACGCUUUCUUUUUUUUUGCAUAAUUUGUUGAUCUCUGAAAAUGUUGAAAUUCGGGUAAACUAAACAAUAAAUUCAUUACAUUCUGAGUAUAUAAAUUUCAUGUAUUCAUUAGAUCUAAGAGCUGAUCAUUACAAAGAAAAACAAUUGCAAAUGGAAUUUGGAUGUUUAAAUGUGAUUGAAAUGAAUUAUACGAUGUGUGUAUGUCUAUCUAUUAACAUAUUUAAUAUAAGUAUACAAAAGUAUGCAACUCUAGCGCAGAAAACCACAAAGAAAAACAGUAACAAGUAAUGGCAAAAGAAAAUAUUUAUAUGUUGCCGUUGAAGCUGUCAACAAACUGAUUAAGCUAAGAGUGUGAACUUGAAACAAUGCAGCAACAAAUUUGUAUAAGUGUAAAAUGUUUCGAUGUCAAAUCGAUCGCGUAUUGUACUUACAGAUAAUGAAUGCAUCUCUAUGCAGGGGAGAGUACAGAUAACACAGUUUAUUAUAGAUUGCAAGUAUUCUGUUUAGAUUUUAUUGAAUGCUAGAACAUCUGUGAACUGUAUAAUGCCUACAAUAAUUUAUGCAUAAUAUUAAUAAUAAACUCUUAAUGAAAACAUACUAAUGGCUAAACGGUACUGUACGCUACUACAAUUGAAAAAAGGUCGAGUAUGCAUGUUGUGUAUAAGUGUGCUUAAGAAGAAGAAUGCGGCUGAUAACUGGUAAGUAAACAA